GGCUCACACAAUGCGCUGCACGGCUCACAAGGGUUGUGUCUCCCUCAUUUUCACCAUAAAUUUCCAAUUCAGUGGAAACUUGUGAAGGGGCAGCAGCAGAGGAGCCGAUCUCCUUCUCCUCGUAUGUAUUUGCACUCUGGAUUCAGCGAGAAUAAGAAAUCUUUUAACCGGAAACGUCGGCGAGAGGUGCAACUAUAAUCCUAAACAUUGGAUUACACAGAGCGGAGCGGAGCGGAGCGGAGCUGCAUGAAGGAGCUGCCCGGCCCGGCGGGGGCGCCACCGACACCCUCGCUUAUGGAAAUCCACACCGAGGCUUUCAUAUGUGGGCCUUGAUUUUUUUUUCUUUAUGAUGGAGGUGGAACGAAAGAAGAGUCGAGAUAUUGUUAUUUAAUGGUCGAUUGGUUGCUAGAAUAACAUAUUCUUCCUUAUUCCUUUAGAAAAAACAAUGAAAAGGGAUCUUGGUGGUGGCUAACAGCUGGAUCGGCUAACUAGCCUCUGUGCUAACUAGCUUCUGUGCUAACUAGCUUCUGUGCUAACGUUACGUCUUUCUUUUGAUGUGCUACUAUCGGCCAUCUCGGCAGGAGAAACGCUUGUUCUCCGGGCUGCGGGACAUUAGCUCGCCUCACAGCAAACUGGGACACUUGUCAGUCUUUCCAGACACGUUUUAAAUAAGAAUAUAGUUUUAUUCUUAGCUCGCUGGCUGAAUAUAUUGUAAUGUAUUGAGUUAGCCGUGUACAUGCUAUCCAAAUGAGCUAAUUGGCUGGAGUCAACACUGACCUAACGUAACUCAACCAGACAUUUUACUCCUUUAUAUUUGGAGUAAUUCACAACAGCAGCUGUCAACAAUAGCUCAUCAUAUUUAACGUGAAUCAUGUCCUGGCAACCGCUGAGUUAAUGUCAAAGGGAUAUGUGGGUUAUUUGGCCUUGCUAACAAACAAGCUAACCGUGUCGUUUUGCUAAUAAAUUUGUCAGCGUGUGCAGAAAUUUGGGAAAUCCUAACACGCAAGAGUUGUAUUGAGCAAUGCCAACGGUGGCGUGAUUUUCAUUUAGGAAUCUACCCAGAUCUGACUCGGCCUGCUUUGUCCGCAACACGGCUGUCUUUUUUUGUUUACAUGCGUAUAACUUGUGAAUUUGUCGGCAGCCAGCUCACCCUAACCCUCCACCAGACACAAUCAGCUGUGUCCUGACGUCUGUGUGUGUCGUGGAUUGUUUAAAUCCCCAUGUGGAGCUAAGUUUGCGUUCAGAUUUACUGAAAUGACACUAAAAUUUCGCCGAAAGAAAGGCACUGAUGCCGAUAGACUGUUGUCAAAGGACGGUAAAUAAUAGCCACUGGUUCCAUUAACGCCAUUUUAACAGGGGCUCUCCUGCUAAGGGGCCUGUGUGGUGGGGUUUUAUCUGCGGUUCGGUGCCUUUCCACCGGACCGGGACUCGAGUAAAAGUGCCUUUGGUCUCACUGGAGUUACAAAGGGAGGUUUGAAGAUGGAGGGCCCGAGCCGAAGCACUGGAUUCAGGCAGAGCCGACGGUCCCGUUCACAGCGCGACAGGGAGCGGCGGCGGAGGAGGAGAGUGGACCUGGCCGAGGAGCGGGCCACAUCCCUGUCCUCGGGCUCCGAUCGGGAGGCUUGUGGGACGAACAGUGUGCUGGGUCCCGGUGGGAGAGAAUGCCGGCCCGGCUUUGGGAGACACAGGCCUCCACGCCGGAGGAAGAGGGAGUCCGUGUCCUGCGAGGAAGACAUCAUUGAUGGCUUCGCUAUUGCGAGCUUUGUCAGCUUGGAGGCACUGGAGAUGGACUGCUCUCUGAAGCCCAGUCAGCGCACUGAUAUGCUGAGCAGGAGGAAGGGGAAGAGAGGACCGGAGGAGAACGGUGGAGGGCCGCUGUCGGAGCCGGAGGAAGGAGCCCCGCACAGCUACUCCAGCAGCUGUUGGAAGAGUAGAAACAAGAGGAGAAAGAUAGAGGGACACCCUUUGGAGACUGGCUACAUUUGUGACACUGAGAGUGAUACAGGAGACAAGGCCUCCGACAACGACAUGGACCCGGUCUUCACAGUCAGCACGAGGAAAGUUGUGGAGCCCUCCCCCUCAAACAUGGGCACAACCAUGAGCAAAAUCUGCCCGCCCCUCCCGGUUCGCUGCGGCGGGGCCUCGCGGUUGAUGGUGACCCCGAGAGUCUCCGGACUGGAGCGAAGUCAGGAGAAAAACCUGGAGCAACAUUUCCCGGAGCCUGUCUCUUCUUCUACCUCUGCCCCCUUCUCCUGCCUGCCUUCCCCGGUCCCCGCCUCAGGCACGGUGCCCCGGUCCAGCCCGUUCAACGGCAACGGCAGCCGCCACAACGGCAGCCCGCCGCUCUCCAAACCCAAACCCUUCGUUCUGCCCGGACGAUCCCACUCCAUAUACAACUUCAACAGGAGCAACACCCCGGUCAAACCUCCCUCAUCUGCUUCAUCUGUUGCGUCUUCCUCGUCCUCCAUGCGUCCCCCGACUCCCUCCGCCAGCGUGUCGCUGCCCUACAGCCGGGGCUCAGGAUCCUCAGGGCCCCUCCGACCCCCGUCUCGAGCCAGCACCGGGGCCUUGUUCACGUCCUCGCCUGGCCUUCCUCCUCCUCCACCUCUCCUACAAGGUCCUGGACACUCAACAGCAGCAGACCAAGAAUUACUGCGUCAGAACUUAAACUCCCACUUCUUGAACUCACAAGAGCGUGAGGGCCGGCGCAGCGUCCCGGGGGCUGAGAACAACGCAGCAGCUGCGGGCCGCUCCACUCCCGGUGGUCCAUCAGCAUCGAACUCCGGGCCGGGCUCAUCGGGCCGCACGUCUCAGAACCAGCCGAGCAUCCAGCCUCUGGCCUUCCAGUUCCAUCAGCACAACCACCAGCACCAACACACGCACACGCACCAACACUUCACGCCCUUCCUGCACCCAACAGCCACCGCGCCGCCUCUGUUCGAUAAGUUUCCAGGCAAAAUGGACGGACUGUACCGACACCCUUUCUUCCCACCGUACCCGCCGCCCUCAGUGCCGAGUAUCCAGCCUGUGAUUCCUCCCACUGGGCCUUUCAGCUCCUUGCAAGGAGCAUUUCAGCCAAAGGGAGCGGGUCCUGAUAUAUCCGCACGACUCGGGGUUGUGCCUCACCACCUGCAGCCCAAAGACCCCAGGCUAACUGAUCCAUUUGGGACAUCGUUGAAAAACAGUAAUAAACCAGGGAAGUGGUGUGCUAUGCAUGUAUAUGUGGCCUGGAUGAUUCUAAGCCAUCAGAAAAAAGUGAAGCUGAUGCAGGCCGAUCCUCACAAGUUGGACUUCCGUAGUGACCUGCUGGCUCGUCUUCCUGGAGCUGGGGGAAUGGGCCCUCUGGGGCCCAUGGGAGGCGCCAUGCCUCCCACUCACGAUCUGACCAGACCUCCCACUCUGUUCUCAGCUGCAGGGGCAGUCAAUCCGUCCUCCGCUCCUUUCAUCUCUCCAUCGACGCCCCACUCGUCUUUCCUCGCACCAACUGCACACUUGGAUCCGUAUGGUCGAUCCCCACCCUUUACUCCACUGGGAGCCCUUGGUUCUGGUGCCUUUGGAGGACUUGGCAGCCCAACACUGGCAGGAUCUGUGUUCGGCCCUAAAGAUUCACCAGCGUCUGUGGUCGGCGGCCUGUCCAACCCCAACCACCACGACCCGUGGAGCCGCCUGCACGGGGCCCCGUCUGGGUUCGCUCCCGGCCCCAGCUGGGCCAAAGGGCCGGACAAGAGGGACGAGAGGGAGCGAGCGAAGGAGAUGGAGAGGAGAGACAUCCCCCACAUCAAGGACGAGAAGGACCGGGACAACAUGCUGUACGGCCGACAACCUGUGAGAAUGUCUCCAGUCGCGCCUCCCUUCAAGCCCCGCAGUAGCACCCCGGUGUCCCACAUCAACGGCCACAGCAGCUCCCUGGGGGGCUCCGGGCCCAUCGAGGACCUGACGCGCAGCUUAAGCAGAGACAGAGAAAGAGAACGCGAGCGGGACCGAGACGGGGACAAGAGGCCACAGCCCACCGUGUCUUCACGAGGACCUCCUCUGGGCUCUGCGUCUCUAGCAGCAGAGAGGGACCGGCCGCGCUCCUCCUCUUCCUCCGUGCUCACCACGCCCCCGCCCAGCCGCUCCGCCCCGUCUCCUCUGGACCUUUACCCCCGCCAGAUGGCCCCGUCAGCACACGGCCACCACAGCGAACCCUCACACUCCCAAAGAGACGGUAGCCUCCCUUCUUCCUCCGCAGCUUCUGCCUCCGUCACUUCUUUGUCUCAGGCCAAGAAGUCGGACCGGACCACCACGCCCGUCUCCAAACCUCCGCUGCUGCUCCCGCCCGUCAAAGUCAAAGAGGAGCGGAAGGAGGAGCCGGAGCACAUCCCCAUCACGCUGCCUCCCCCGGCCCCCAACCACAGCUUCGAGCGCCCCAACAGCCACCCGCACCACCACCGCUCCGGCACCCCUUCCUCUCUGUCACUGACUCCCACCCCCGGCGUCCAGCUCAUGGCGCCCUCCAACGCCCCCGGCCACCACCACCUCUCCCUACUGGACCGCUCCAGGGCCAUCGAGGCGUAUCUGGGGAGCACGGGGGCCGGGGGGCUGGUGAUGGGUCCAGGAGGAGACCGGUUCCACCACCACGGCCAUCAGGGUCCGUCACAGGGUCCGCACAGCUUCACGUGGGACCCCUGGAGGGAGCUCGCAGCUCAGCAGCAACAUCAGAACCGCAGGGAGGCUCUGGCGCUCCGCUCGGACCCUCACCUCGCCCUGCGGUCCGACCCGCAUCUGGCCCGGCUGCUGCAGCACCAGCGCCUUCUGGAGGCGGAGAGGGUGGCGGCCGUGGCGGCUGCAGCCGCGGCGGCCAACCCUCACCACCCUCCCACAUCUACCUCUGCUGCCUCCACCUCUGCUGUCCGCCAGGAGUUCGGCCUCAUGGCUCACCACUUCGACCGGCCCCCUCACCUCGGGCCCCCGGGCGGAGGACUCAUUGAUGAGGAGCAGCGCGCCCAGAUCCUGAGGGAAGACUUUGAGCGGGCUCGCUACUUCGGGAUGCACCCCCAAAUGCAUCCCGGCUCCCACCUCUCCGCGCAAUCCCACGCUGCUACAGCCGCUCACCUGGAGCAGCUCCACCCCGGCCUUCUGUCCCACUCGCUCCAACACGGAGCCUCUCCUGCUUCCCAGCACCACGCCGGCCUCUUCGCCCGCCUCGGCCCGCACCACGUGCCCAACGGCAUCCUUGCAAAGACCCCCGCGGGCCUGGUGGGAGCUCUGGCGGUGGGGGCGCCGCCUCCGCUCAUUCCGUCCAUCACCAGCCGGUCGUCCACGCCUCCCCGGAGACUCGGAGGGCCCGGUGAGCUGGCACUGUACAGUGCCCACAAAGACGCAGAGUCCAGAUAGUACAGGGACAACACUGGAGGAGAUUAAGGGAAAUGUCAGGAUCACUGUGCUGCUCUCAACCUGCCCCCCUCUUCCUCUUGCAGACUACUAACCCCUGCCCUCCCAGUUCAACCUCAGAACCAGCUCCAGUCCCCCUCUAAAGGAGGGGACCAGGACUGGCUGGUGGAGGCGACGGCAGGGAGGAAACGCAAGACUCAACAGUGUGACUUGGAAAUAUGCGCAACGGUUCUAUCAGUGCAAUCUAAAGGUACAUGUUUUCUGUGCAUCCUCGGUGUGUUUUUUAUUUUCUACUGGCUGUUGGUCAUUCAGAGAGCUGUACGGACAGCUUCUUCUUUUCGUUUGUCAGGUGAAUUAUGAUCCGAAGCCUUUUUUUCCGGGUUGGAUACGAGACUUCCAGAGGGAUGUACACUGUGAAAACACGUCAAGGGUUCAUCCUCAGCUCGGUUAACUCAUGGGAUAUUCUUAUUAUAAUAAAAGCCUUCCUCUACAUUAAUCAACCCUGAUUAGGUGUUUGUGGGAUGAGGGUCUUCAGAGUGGUAACAGUGGUGCUUUCUGUUCUGUCUUUGUGUCUUUUUGUCUCCGUGGAAUGACAGAUUUUUACUGAUACGAUCGCGAAGCAUCGCACCUCCUGCUUUACCCAAAAAUCUGACCCUCAGCUUCACUGUUAACGAGAUUUUCUUUUUCUGUUUGUUUUUUCAAAAAGGAUGAAUUGCAAAAUGAACUGUGCUACACUGUGUGAGUGAACACAGUAUUUUAGAGCUUCCUGUAACUGUUUCCCACUCUCCUCUUGACUAUAUGAGCAGGACCAGAUUAUAGUAGUCUAGAGAAAUUGCCUUUGUAAUUAUUAUUCUUAACAUUAAUUAUCUUCUAUAAUAAUAAAUAUAUUCACUGUUAUGUUAUUUGUCUUUGUUUCGGGUAUCAACCAGUACUCUCUCCCCAGGUAGUAACUGUUUCAGAUCACACAGGAGACGACUCGUCAGGCGUCACAGAAACUGUUUAAACUCGUGAACCGUCUCGGAUCGUCUUCGACUUUCUAACGCUGAGGGAGGUUUAAAUGCCUGUGUGUCAUUGGUUGUGUGUUAUAUCCAUUUUUGGGACUAUGGGAGCCUUGUACAUUGAACUGUCGAGUUGUUUCAUCAAUAAAAAUAAGUUAUAUACAUGGAUAAAGUGGGACAUCUGCUGAAGAACUGAAAAAAAAUAUAAGGACUUGUGUCAAAAGACAACUAGACAGUGGGAACCUGAGAGGGAAAAGACUGGGUCGAUUAUUUUAAUAUGACCAUUUUAUACCUUUCAAACCCCUCCCCUAGAGACCACAAAGAUUAAUUAUUAAAUGAAUUGUUGUUUA